AUGGACGGAGGACUGUACAAUCCUCUAACUGUCGAAGAAGUUUUUAGAGAUUUCUUGGGUCGUCGAACUGGCCUUAUCAAAGCACUGACAACAGACGUUGAAGAAUUUUACCAGCAGUGCGAUCCUGAGAAGGAGAAUUUGUGCUUGUACGGGCUUCCUAACGAGCUGUGGGAGGUUAACUUGCCUGCUGAAGAAGUACCUCCAGAACUCCCUGAGCCUGCUCUGGGCAUCAACUUUGCUAGAGAUGGGAUGCAAGAAAAAGACUGGUUAACUCUAGUUGCAGUCCACAGUGAUGCUUGGUUGCUGUCAACAGCUUUUUAUUUUGGUUCUAGAUUUGGAUUCGAUAAAGCUGACAGGAAGCGACUUUUCAACAUGAUCAAUGAUCUUCCCACAGUAUUUGAAGUUGUGACUGGUGCUGCGAAGAAACAGCAGAAAGAGAAAUCUUCAGUCUCGAAUCACAGUAUCAACAAAUCCAAGUCAAACUCUAAAUCACGAGCAUCUGAAUCUCAGGGAAAAAUUUCGAAGUCAGAGCCAAAAGAUGAAGAUGAGGGCUUGGACGAGGAAGAAGAUGACGAACAUGGUGAGACGCUUUGUGGUGCCUGUGGUGAGAACUAUGCAUCAGAUGAAUUUUGGAUAUGCUGUGAUUUAUGUGAGAAGUGGUUCCACGGCAAGUGCGUGAAGAUUACGCCAGCUAGAGCCGAGCAUAUCAAGCAGUACAAGUGUCCGUCAUGCAGUAACAAGAGGGCCCGUGCUUGA